AUGUCUGACUAUAUUCGCAUAGGUGCCGACUAUCGAGUCAGUACACCACCUCGUUUAGUUUCAGUCUUCUUUACAAUGUUUGACGAUGAUUUGGGACGAAGUCUCCUCUACGAAGUACCCGAAGGCUCAAUAAAAUCCUUACCCAACUCCACACCGCUAAUUAACUUCUCUUCCAUAAGUGAAUAUAUAAUUCCCAAGCCGGACUUGUGUGGACAUUUAGUCUCUAUUUGUACCGGUUCAUAUAAAGUCAUGGGUGUACCGGUCCUGAUUAGAAAUAAGAAAUAUCCUCGGGGCAUUUUAAUUUUUAACCUGAGUCUUGUAUUUGAUCAUGGUGCGGAUACGUCGAGUUAUGAACCAGUCGCUAGAAAGAUUGCCCGUGUUCUGACUUCACUUGAGGUAGAGAGCGAGUUUCUUUGGAAACUGGAGACACGUUCCACUGUCUAUAACAUAAUUGAACAAUUGCUUGAAGAUCUUAAUAAUUACUGCGAAUGUCAAAUUCCAAUAAAUGAAACAAACGCCCUCAACUUGAAGUUAUUCCCGACGUAUCCCAAUCCCCAACCCGUUUAUGAUUACCAAGUGCCGAUUUGUACAGUCGAUCUCAAUACCCUGAUUGACAUGAAUUGGGACAUUACAGUAAAGAAGGUUGUAGCGCACAUAAAUGGUGUUCUUCACGUAAAGAAAAUAGCUGAAAUAGCUGAUGUUGAUUGUAAACUCGCCAGAGAAUGCAUGGAGCAUAUACUGUAUUAUGGUUGUAUUAUUAUGAUUGAUAUUUUCCAGUUUUCUAAUAUAUAUGCGAUAAGACCGGAAAUCAUGAGGAUAAUAGAAGAUGAAACAAUUCAGGCAGAAUGCAUUUCAUAUGUGACAAAACCAGGUGCGACUGCCCCACCUUUCUCAAAAAUAUUUUCUCUUUAUUGUUCACUGAAACGCGAUGUCACAAUAAAGAUGUGGGUAGAAGAGAAUAAAGUAAAUUCGCUUAACAUCGAUACGAGGCGAUUCAUUGCCUUUGGUGUCACGAAAGGCUUCCUUCAACGCAUACAUAAAUAUCCAGUGCUCCCAGCGUCUGCAGCAAGCUCAUGCAAGUUGGAUCCACAUCUAAAAAAACUAUUAAACGGUCGUCAUCAUUACGACGACAUAUGCACAUCCGAAGGAUACAGUAGAGAAAAUCUUGACAAGCUGCUUGGCGAUAUACCGCAAAUUAAAUUUAUUUGGAAAUAA